AUGUCGGUGGAAGCACUUCGCUCGUAUAGGCUCAUGGAGGCCGAGAUCACGGAUCUCGAGAUAACAUGGAGAAAGCCUUCCAAAAGAGCUCCGUCCCAAGCUUUGAUCCUCAAAGCAUACGUGCGGCGGGUGUUUAGGUCCCUAGAAGAUCCAGCUGUGACUCGGACGUUGCGAGAUGUCAUGAAACCUGCUGGCUGUGGCGCCUUCAAAGAUGUUUUCGUUUUGGACGGCCAUCUCCUGGUGGUGAAGAUGAUGUUGAGGGAUCGCAGUCUUGGCACGUGGAUGCAGAAUUUGACAAGUACCAUGACAUCCUUUCGAACCGGAUGGGAUGGUAUUUUGUUCCAAGGAAACAGUUUGUGUAGUCAAAAAGUGCCGCGCUUGUCGGCUGCCGAUGCGAUCGCGUCCAUCGAGCAAGAAAAGUUGAUGGCGGAGUACAUGAGCAUGUUGGAAGUGUUGUUCGAGUUCAUGAGAGAAGGCAUUUUUCCGUGGGACGCAAAGCUGGACAACUUGGGCAUCGCGCAGAGGGGCGUGUUCGGCAAGUGGGUGAUGCACGAUCUGGAUGGUUUGCGUGCCGUGGGCGAGGAAGACAAAUACAAGAAUUUGGGAAGAGGGAUGAGAAUGAUUUUACAGAACAUUGUCUCGCAGGAUCAGGGAUUUGUUGACGGACUGCGGGCAAAUGGUUUGAUGCGGGUUGUUGUGGACGAAGUUCCACCUCCGAGGGAGAGUGACAGGACGGGUUGGGAGCGCAGCGGUGACGGCGGUGACGGCCCGGGCGAGCGCAAAGUGCCCAAGAUCUCGGGUUGGGGCAGAGAUGAUUUUUGUACCUGCUUCGAAAGUGAUUGUACCCUGCGUGGCGAGAAUUGGAACCUCUCUGAUUCUGACAUUGAGGAGGCGCAUCUUAGAUGGAGAGAGGCCUGCGCACUGCAAAAAAAACUCUGUGAUCUGCAGACCUCAGCCGGAGCUGACAAAGAACCAGAUUCGCUCCAAGAAUUCCGGGAUCUGCAGGAGGAGCUGAUCAUGUUACACAACUGGAAGUUUCGGACAAAAGAGAACAUGAGGUCACAGUUGUCGAGGCUGGGGCGGGCACAAGCUGCGCAAGCCGCGCCCUGA